AUGCUUCACACAGACGACCUUCGAUCUCUUAUCUCAGACCUGGGCGACGCGCUGGCUCAAGAUCCUUUACCUCAAACUGUUGAACAAACCCCGGAAUAUAAAGAGUUUUAUACAGCGUGCUCUGCGGGUACUCCAUUGCUGAUCGACUGUCCUGCAUCCGGCACACUGGAAGGAUGGACAUUGCAGCGUCUAUCAGCAUUGUUUGGUGACAGUGCUUGUACUCUGGAGGACUGCGAGACAGGUCAGAAGCAUGCGUCUACUAUUCAACACUUUAUCUCGAGUCUCCUCCUCCCCGAAGAAGCUGGCAAACCUCCAUUGAAGCUCAAGGAUUAUCCCCCGCAAGCAACAUUUGCAUCAGCAUUCCCUACCUUGUGUCGUAGCUUCCAAUUCGCACUCCCCUGUCCCGCCGUGACGAGCUUUGAAGGGCCCGCCAAUAUUACGAAUUACUUCCCUUCAAACUACUUGAUAACACCCGAUCUUGGUCCGAAGGCAUAUAUCGCUACAGCAAACAAUACUGAUCCUUCUACUAAUCAUGGAACAACUCGGUUACAUAUGGAUCUCUGCGAUGCCAUAAACAUUAUGCUUCCUCUACGAGCUGACUCGGCGGCAGUGUGGCAUAUAUUCGCAGCAUCUGACGCGGACAAGCUUCGCAAGUUUCUAGCAAAGAAGUAUCCAGACGAACAGAUCAACCACAUACAUGCUCAACAUACGUAUCUGGCCCCGGACGACCUUAAAGAUCUUGCGCAAAAAUAUGACGUCCACCCCUACGUGUUUACUCAGAGAGGAAACCAAGCUGUCCUCAUUCCAACUGGCUGUGCCCACCAGGUGUUAAAUCUUAGCCCUUGCGCUAAGAUUGCUGUUGAUUUCCUAUCUCACCAUAGCAUUGCCCGAUGCGGGGAUAUUUCCGAGCAACUAAGGAUGAUGGACCAAGAUUUCCCGCCAGAAGAAAGGAGGCCGGACGUGCUGGAGUUCAAGAACCUCCUUCUUCAUGCGUGGAUCGGCCUUUCAAGAUUACAUUGUAUUCUUGACCCCGUACACAUUGACGGAGGCUCCAGCCCUUUGACCCCUUCUCCCGAAUCCCCCCCCUCUACGCCCAGCCCUUUGACUCCUCUUGGAUCACCAAAAAUCCCCCACAUUGCGAUGGUGGAGCGUAGUGAAUCACCCAACGUCCCGCUGACGCCAUUUUUGACGCAUCCACCCAGUUCCAAUCCCUUCGCCAACCCUCCCGAUGCGAUGGACAUUGACUCCACACAUGGAACCAACGCGAAUCCUCCAACACCUGCGCUGCCCUCCAUGCCUGCUCCGCUUCCUAACGAGCUGGCUGCUGACACUGAAGCCUCACUCGGGAUGAAUCUUUUGAACCUUCCAUCCAGGGCCGAUCCCCCCGCCAACCCCCCCGAUGCGAUGGAUAUUGACUUUAAUGCGAUCAAUGCGAACCCUUUGGCGCCGAUGCCCCCCCUGCCCACCCCCGUAUCCAAGCCACCGAAACGAAGGCCCGUACUGGUACCGGCAACUUGGAGACGCGUUGAAACCACAAACCAGACACUGGUUGAAGCCGGUUCAUCCACAAGCCAGCCUCUCGCACACGCAGGCCCAAGCAUAGCGCCAAUGGCCUUCGUUAUGAGAUCUCAUUCCGGUCAAGUCGUUGAACGUAAAGAGUUAGCUCUCGACGAAAAUGCCCUGUCCCUUGUAGAGUCUGUCAGCAGGUAG